CACGAGCACCCACAGCCGAGCUGCAUCUCCCACGCCACGCCAGGGGCAAUAAAGCCAAGGAAACGCCAUUGGCAUCGCAUACCGCAACCUCACCCAGUUUAGAGAGCAACGCCGCUGGCAUCGUGCUCUCUCUCCUCAGUCACUUGCAGGGGAUCAACAGAUCAGCAGCAAAGAUGGCGCCGGUGAAGGUGUUCGGGCCGGCGAUGUCCACGAACGUGGCGCGGGUGCUGGUGUGCCUGGAGGAGGUCGGCGCCGAGUACGAGGUCGUCAACAUCGACUUCCUGGCCAUGGAGCACAAGAGCCCCGAGCACCUCGCCAGAAACCCGUUCGGCCAAAUCCCAGCUUUCCAGGACGGUGACGUCGUGCUCUUCGAGUCCCGAGCCAUCUCAAAGUACGUGCUCCGCCAGUACAAGUCAAGCCAGGCCGACCUCCUGCGAGAAGGCAACCUGACGGAGGCCGCGAUGGUGGACGUCUGGACGGAGGUGGAGGCACACCAGUACAACCCGGCCAUCUCGCCCGUCGUGUACGAGUGCGUCAUCAACCCGGCCAUGCGCGGCAUCCCGCCCAACCAGAAGGUCGUGGACGAGAGCCUGGAGAAGCUCAAGAAGGUGCUCGACGUCUACGAGGUGCACCUGUCGAAGAACAAGUUCCUCGCCGGCGACUUCGUCAGCUUCGCGGACCUCAACCACUUCCCCUACACGUUCUACUUCAUGGCGUCGCCACACGCGUCGAUCUUCGACUCGUACCCGCGCGUGAAGGCGUGGUGGGAGAGCCUCAUGGCGCGGCCGUCGGUGAAGAAGCUCAGCGCCAACAUGGUUAUGACGGCUUGAUGGCACACGCUCACGUUGUCGAAUUUGAUCUGGACGGGACUUGGUGUGGUCUGUAUAUCGUUCAAUAAUGUAAGCAGCUUUGUAUGCGGCUAUGCGCUUCGUUUGUUCCAAUAAAAUUGUUGUGGGAUUGCGCAACUGUGCAAUCUGACGGGUUGUUUUUGUUUGCA